AUGUAAAAGGCUAAAAGCUGGCCUCUUUCAACGUCGAAGUAUCAAAACACUAGUGUUGGGCCCAUUCACAGUGUCCCCAAAAGUCAUAUUAAUCCAUGGAGAGAUUCAGCUAACGUCACAGAACCGUCACAUAAUCUCAUCACCGCCUUAAAACUCAUAAAAUCUGACAGGCCACGUGUAAAUGAGCAAUAAGUUCACGUACUCAUUUUCCAACACCACCAUCACCGAUACAUAAUAAAAACCAUUUCAUCACAACAGUCUUCUUCAUUUCUUUCUAAUUUCUUCUCUUCAUGAAUUAAGCCAAACCAACAAAAAAAAUCAUUUAAUUUUCGCGGAGAGAUGGAGAAAUUCUCGUACAACUCUUAUCCAGAUUCAACCGACUCGUCACCGAGAUCUCGUGAGAUCGAAUUCGAUAACCCGCCGCCUCCAUGGGAUGAUCAGAACCAGAACCAGCAGCAACAUAGCUACAAGGUGAAGUUUAUGUGCAGCUAUGGCGGCAAGAUUCAGCCACGGCCUCACGAUAAUCAGCUCACUUACGUAAACGGAGAAACGAAGAUUCUUUCCGUUGAUCGCGGGAUUAGAUUCCCUGUUUUAGCUUCCAAACUCUCCACCGUAUGCGGCGGCGGUGAUGGCGGCGGAGGAGAAGUUACGUUUAAGUAUCAGCUUCCGGGAGAAGACUUAGACGCUUUGAUCUCGGUUACGAACGAUGAUGAUCUGGAGCAUAUGAUGCACGAGUACGAUCGCUUGCUUCGUUUGUCGUCUAAGCCAGCGAGGAUGCGUUUGUUUCUCUUCCCGGCUUCUUCUGGAUUUGGUUCUCAAAGUUCGACUCAAUCGGAUCGAGAUCGCUUCGUCGAGGCGUUGAACACUGUUCCUAGGCUAUCUGAAUCGGAGAAAUCCGUAACUGCUCCUCCGAAUAAUGCGGAUUUUUUGUUUGGAUCGGAGAAAGUUGCAGCUCCGCCGCCGCCACCACCGGCUGAGGUGAAAUUACCGGUUCCUGUGGCGUUAGAACCGCCUUUGUUUAACGAUCCGCGUGUGAUUCAACCGGAUCACGUCGUAAAUCCGAUGGAAAUUCAAAGACAAAUGCAGGAAUUUCAGAGGAUGCAUAUUAGGGAUCAAGAACAACAACAACAACAGGAAGCUGUAUACAGAAGGAAGAGUAACGAAGACGGUUUAAUAGAAACCGGAGGUGGAUACUUCUCUCCACCGUACAUACAAAAUCCUGCGCCACCACCGCCACAGCAGACGAUUCCUCAAACGAAUCCGCAAGCUCCUCCGAUGACGACUUUCUGGCAAGGAAACCACAAUCCAGGAGUCGUAUUUCCAACAACCACACAUGGAUUAGGAUUACCAGAGCAACCAGUUUACAUGAUCCCAUCUCCAUCUCCAUCUCCGGUGUACCACGCGCCACCACCACCGCAACCGCAAGGUGUCAUCAGACCAAUACUUACAGGACAAGUAAACCAAGGCGGCUACUAUCCUCAGGUACAGAGAGUGGCUUCAGAUACUUACAGAGAACCACACCAAUCACCGUACAACGUGGCUCAGCCACUUCAGGCACCUAUAGGAACAAAAGCAGCACAACAACAACAACCUCCUCCUCCUCAGCCUUUUACCUCUGGUCCUCCACCACCGCAAUACACCGCAGUACCACCGCCACGACAAGUAGUAGGAUUACCAGAUACAUCAGCGUAUACUCAGGUGACUUACACUGGAGGAAUGGGGAAACAAGUUUAUUACACGGAGGCUCCACCGCCGCAGUACCAUGGAGUUGGCUUACCUGUAACUGGUAUGAGUGAAUUGAGAACUGGACCGGACGGGAAGCUUGUUGCUAUGAACAUGGCACCUAAAGUUUCAUCUCAGAGUUCAGAUUCGGCUGUUUGAUUGAUGAGGUAUUUCAUAUGGUUGAAUCAGAUUAUUGUUAAUCUAUUACAACAAAUUUCAUCAUCUUUUAUAUAUAUAUAUAUAUAUAGUGUAAUUAAGAUCACUUUGGUGUCUGAUAAAUAAUGUUUUUUUCUUUUUCCCUUUAUCUACUUGUUUAUUUUAUCUUAUGAUGAUGUUCUUGAUUCUGCAACUUCCAUCGCGUUGCUUAAAUCCAGUCUAUUGUGCAUUUGAUUGCAUUUAUCUGAGAACCUUUUAAGCCAUUUUACCUUUAUUUUUCUUUUCGCCAUAAUAAGCUGAACUCCUUUUUUCUAUCCAAGUGGUGUAGUUGUCCUUCGGCCAUAAUAUAUAUGGGUUGUUCCACAUGAAAAUCAUUUUGUUGU